AUGGCCAUGCCGGAAUCUGGAUUCAAGGGAUUCAAGGGAUUCAAGGGAUUCAAGGAUUCAAGGGAUUCAAGGAUUCAAGGGAUUCAAGGGAUUCAAGGGAUUCAAGGGAUUCAAGGGAUUCAGCGGGGAUUAACGAUCCGGGAAUGGAUUCACUGUCCCAGCAGAAUCGAGAGGAGGGCCCGGGGCGUGCUGGUUCUGGUUACCGGGGCUACUGGAUUUCUGGGACGCAGGGUGGUUGCUGAACUCCUGGCGCAUCACCAUGACGUUCGAUGCCUGGUGCAUUCGCCGGGCAAGGAGCGGCUGCUGGACCAGUUCAACGUCGAUGUUCACUACGGAAGUGUUCUCGACCCGGAGUCCAUUGGCCAGGCCAUGUACGGCGUGCAGGCGGUGGUGCACCUGGUGGGGAUCAUCCGGCCCAGCCGGGGAGCCACUUUCGACCGGAUGCAUCGGCAGGGCACAGCAAACGUGGUUGAGGCGACCACUGCUGCAGGCAUCCGCGAGUUGAUUUACGUCAGCGCCCUUGGGGCGACCGCAAACGCCGCGUAUCCCUACCUGUACUCAAAGCACCAAGCGGAACUAAGGGUUACCAGUUCGGGGCUGAGCUACACGAUACUGCGGCCCUCGGUAAUCUUCGGGCCAGGGGACGAGUUCAUGACAGCUCUGGCGGGGCUGGUGCGGCUGGGGCCGAUUGUGCCCGUGAUAGGCAGCGGCAAGAAUCGAAUGCAGCCUGUCGCGGUGGAGGACGUCGCGCAGUGUGUUGCGUCCUCGGUCGGCAACUCCCUGGUCAAGGGAAAGACGCUGAACGUCGCAGGGCCGCAUCGGCUCAGUUACAACGAUCUUCUGGACGAGGUAGCGCUCGCAAUGGGCAGGGGCAUCCGCCGAUUCCAUAUACCCACACCCCUGGCAUGGCCAGCAGUUGCCCUGAUGCAGAGCCUGACGCCCAGACCGCCGGUAACGACAGGACAGUUGCGAAUGCUGGGGAUCCGGAAUGUGUCGGUGAGCCGGGACAUCGAGGAGGCAUUCGGGUUUACCCCCAAAGCGUUGAGGGGUAACAUUAAUUAUGUGAACGACUUGUUGUGGCGAAUCGGGAGGUGUGGUUUGCAAUAUCCUGAGGCAAUAGCAAACGUGCUCUCCCUAUUCGACUCGGAGAGAGCCCGGGUCGAUGGUCCGCGUCAGAAGGUCAUCUAUGAUCUGGGCAGGAUGGUGGGGUUCCUGGAGCGAAUGGGGAACCCACACAGGAUGGUCCCCACCGUUCACAUUGCGGGCACAAAAGGGAAGGGAAGCACUGCUUCAAUGUGCGAUGCGGCAUUCCAAGCCGCAGGCCUUUCGACGGGAUUUUACUCGUCGCCGCAUCUUCACACUUUCCGGGAACGACUGCGCAGGGACUGCCAGCCUGUCUCCGAGGACGAAUUCGCUGGACUGGUCGGAGACCUCUGGCCGAUGCGCAAUGUUAACAGUCAGGACACCGUGACUUUGUUCGAGUUCCUGACGGGAAUGGCAUUCCAGUGUUUUGCCCAGGCAAACGCAGACGUGCAGACGAUAGAGGUGGGGCUAGGCGGAAGGCUGGACGCUACCAAUGUCGUUGAUGCUCAAGUGUGCGUCAUAACGUCCGUGAGCAUGGACCACGCCAAAAUUCUUGGUGACACAAUUGGUGAGAUUGCCGCAGACAAGGCGGGUAUUAUCAAGGCGGGAUCCACGCCGGUGAUCGCGCCGCAGAGGGCCGAGGCCCUUGCCUCCAUCCUGGAAGCCUGCAACCGGGUGGGUGUUGAGCCGAUAUUGAUCGGCCGGGACGUCGCCUGGGAACCGAAGGGAACCAAAGCGGUCAGCCAGCAGCUCACGGUUCACGGCCUGCUGGGGUCAUACGAUCUGGACAUUCCGCUGCUGGGGGACUACCAGAUGGAGAAUGCCGCCACUGCCGUGGUGGCGGUCGAGGCGAUGUGCCGUGCCCAAGGGUUCGAGAUGCUCGCUGAAACCCUAGCCAAGGGAUUCGCGAAUGUGUCCUGGCCUUGCCGAAUGGAGAUUCUGGGGCGCGAUCCCCUGGUCAUCGCUGACGGCGCCCACAACGACUACUCUGUAGACCGGCUGCUUGAGUCACUGCCCCACUAUUUCGAUUAUGACCGUCUGGUUGUAGUGGCCGGCUUUUCACGAGACAAGAACGUAGAUGCGAUGGUGAGCUCGAUAGUCCCCGCAGCCGACUUCGUCGUUGCCACCCAGGCCCGCCAUCCGAGGGCUCUCGUGGCUGGGGAACUCAACGACAUGCUGCAGGGGAAAGGCGCCAGGGCUGAAGUUGCGGCAACUCCGAGUGAAGCACUCGAACAUGCCAGGGACGCCGCGGGCCCCAAUGGCCUGGUGCUGGCUACGGGGUCGCUGUUCCUCGCAGCAGAGGUGAGGGAGGCCGCCCUCGGCAUAGAGCCGGAAAUUUAUCCGACCUUGGCCAAGAAGGCGGACUAG